AGCCACGAACAAUAACUAAUAAAUAAACUUGAUAAUUUGCCAAAAAAAAUCGGGUCAACUGCACCCAAACUUGGAUCCGACAGUUGCAUUUCUGGGAUAGGGCGCACUUCUCCUUGCCCCCAUGAGCUGAUGCCAAGUGGUCUAGAAAAGUUGAGAGAGAAUUGAAAAACCAACACUUCUGCUAAAGCCCUAAAAAAGUGGGGGUAAGAAAAUGGGGUUUCAGUUAGUUUCUUCUUGUCUUCACAAUCACACUCCAACCAUCAGAUUAUCCAAAUCAAAUACCUUCUCUCAUCACACUGUAAGUAAUUCUCAUUUCGAUACCUCCUUCUCUUUCUUUAAUCGAAUACAUGUAUAUAUUGUUUGUCUCUGAUUUUCUGUUCACUUCCGUUUUUUUUAGGUUUCUCCUUUGUAUUCGAUACGGAAUAAGAUAUUUGAAAGCGAGGUUGGAUUGAGAAAACAAACACUUUGAUUUCAGAAUGAAUUCAAAUGUAUGCUUUUGUUUCUUAGCCUCUGCUAUCUUUGGUUUCUGGGUAAAUUUUGUCAGUAAAAUUGAUUAGAAAUUGAAUUUAUGGAUGGUAGACUACAAAAAUCUUCACUUAGCUGAGUGUAAUACAGAUUUUCUUGCUUAGUUAAGGGCUUAUCUUCAUUUUUGAAGGAAAUAUUUGGACAUAAAACAAAAUGUUUAUAUCAUUUGUUUUUGUAUGUUUAUGUUCAAAGUGGAGUUUUUUUAUGACAGUAUAUUUUGAAAUUUCUUGGUCUAACGAGAACGUUUGUUUAGCAAAAUUGGUGGCUGAUAUGAGGAGGAAAUGCAAGUUCUCUUUACUACCGAGCUUGAAGAGAGGAGUAAUUGUAUGCGCUUCUGAUUCUAAUCCUGCGGAAUCUGAUUCUUAUAGACAGGAAAACACUAGUGUGCGGAUUAAUGGGGGCAAUGGGGUGGAAUCAUUUUGUGGGAAAUCGGGUUCCAUUUCAUUUGCUGGGGUGACUCAUCAGUUGGUUGAAGAAAGUAAAUUAGUGUUAGCUCCUUCCGCGGAAGGCACUGGCUCGUUUCUUUGGGCGUGGGCCCCUAUUGCCCUGAUUUCAUCACUGGUCCUUCCGCAGCUCUUCGUUGGUGCUGCAAUUGAUGGCUUCUUCGGUGAUGAGAUCUUCUCAGAAAUUGUUGCCUCAUUUGCUUCUGAUAUCUUCUUCUAUAUCGGACUUGCAACAUUUCUGUUUGUUACCGACCGCGUUCAAAAGCCGUAUCUUCAGUUUAGCCCAAAAAGAUGGGGCCUCAUCACAGGUCUCAAAGGAUACUUGACAUCUGCAUUCUUCACAAUGGGCUUUAAGGUUUUUGCGCCUCUCGUUGCUAUUUUUGUCACUUGGCCAGUGCUUGGAUUGCCCGCCUUAGUUUCAGUGGCUCCUCUCUUAGUUGGCUACCUGGCUCAAUAUGUAUUUGAGAAACUUCUUGAUAAGCAAGGGUCAUCUUGUUGGCCUCUCGUGCCCAUUAUUUUUGAGGUCUACAGACUAUAUCAGUUGAGCAAAGCUACUCAUUUCAUUGAGAAGUUAAUGUUUGCAAUGAGGGGCGCUACUCUGUCCCCAGAAGUGCUAGAAAGAAAUGGUGCCUUGGUUGCAAUGAUAGUGACUUUUCAAGUCCUUGGUGUGAUUUGCCUGUGGUCAUUGCUGACAUUUCUUCAGAGGCUCUUUCCUUCCAGACCUGUAGCAGAGAAGUACUGAUGCUUAUGUAUAGAGGAGGGAAGAUUUGUUUGACAGUGCACUUCAAGCCACUAUGGGCGAAGAAUUGGUAUGAUUGAUUAUGUUGUUUUUGAUUUCAAUCUUGAAGGGUUAAGGUUUAGUUUGUAAUUCUCAUGAUGUGACAUUGUUGAGCUAUUAUACGAAUUUUAGAAAUUUUGAUAUGUUUUCAUUAAUGAUGCUUUGGAUUAAGUAACUUUGAACUAUGUCCUGAUGGAAGAUUGUGAUUAGAU